AUGCGGAGCGCGUGCCACGUCGUCCGGCGGCGAUGCGUCGUAGAGGCACGGGGUGACGGCAUGCAAACGAGCAGCCCGGGCCAGGGUCGCCAGGAGCCGAGGGACAGCGUGGCCGUUCUCUCCACGGCCGAAGCGGAAGGACCCUGCUGGGACCCGCGGCUGCGCAAACAGCGGCUGCGCAGAAACCUGCUCGUGGUGAGCGCCAGUUCGUUCCUCGUCAACUCUGCCUUCCUGUCACUGAGCCACCUGCAGGCAAGCAUGCUGAACAUCGAGAGCGGCCUCGGUACCGUGUCGUUAAGUGCCAUUUCGUCCUCGUUCGUGCUAUCGUGCAUGUUCCUGGCGCCCUUCUUCAUCAGUGUGGCGGGUCUCAAGGUUACCAUUGGCGCUUGCACUCUGCUCUACACGCCGUACUUCAUCGCCAACUUCUAUCCACAGUGGGUGACCGUGUUGCCUACAUCCUUCGUACUCGGUUUCGGAGCAGGGCCUUUGUGCACGGCCAACUAUGCGUACGUGGCCGAGCUGGCAACCCAGUACGCCGGACUGAACCACCAGAAUUCCGACGCGGCUUUUGGCCACUUCUUUGGUGUCUUCCUUAUGUUCAGCCAGUUGUCCCAAGUGUUUGGAAAUCUCCUGUCGUACGUGAUCAUUCAGGCAGGUAAUACCACUGGGGAAAGCACUGUGGUCAACCAGGAGGCGAGCAGCGACAAGCGUUCCACUUGUGGAGUUAACUUCUGUCCUCAAUCACCGCUUCCGACCAACAUGACCGCACCGACAGCGACGAGCCGCUUCCAGCUGUGCGUGGUGUAUACAGCAUUCGGUUGGAUCGCAGCUCUGGUCGUUUUCCUGCUGCUCGAUCCGCUUGAGCGCAAAAUGCAGCGUCACGACAAGGCAUCACUGCAGCUGCUCAUGCUCACUGUGAGGCACAUGAAGAACCCGUACCAGAUGUUCAUCAUCCCGUUGACCAUUUUCAGUGGAUUGGAGAUCUCGUUCAUUGCGGAUGACUUCACGAAGGCGUUCAUCACAUGCACGUGGGGCGUGAACUACGUGGGAUUGUUCUUGGUGAGCCUUGGCGCGUCUGGAGCUCUGUUUUCGCUCAGCUUCGGCUGGCUCGUGCACAUUACCGGCCGGCCGCAGAUGGUGCUGCUUGGUGCGGUGGUAAACGUGGCCAUGAUCAUCCUCAUGCUCAGCUACGAGACUGGUUAUAUUCUUGUGGUCUUGUUGGUGGCCUCUGGAGUCUGGGGCAUCGCCGAUGCCGCCUGGACCACGCACCUCAUCUCAUUCUACGCCGUGGCGUUCAGGCAGAACCCGGAGGCCGCCUUCGCCAGCUGCCACCUGUGGCGCUCCGUCGGCACCAUCGCUUCGUUGAGCUACAGCAGUGUCGUGUGUACCGACGUGAAGCUGUACAUUCUGCUGUGCGCGCUAACCGUUGGUGUGGCCGGAUACUUUGCCGUGGACGCCGAAGUUAGGCGCGUCGCUGCGGCAGCGGCAGUCGUGCUGCCACGGGCCACCGUGGUCAACGCCACUAUGACGCCUAUCGUGAGUGUGGCAGGCCUGCAGCCGCUAGCCGCGACCCGCAGCCUCGACGGGGCCAUCCCUGUCAUCAUCCCCGCUCUGUUCACCUCAAACUCCUUGGUGGCGCGCUGA